AAUGUCCAUGCUGUAGUUAUAAUAACAGUUUAUAGACUUUUAAAUGCAUCUUCAUUUAUAGAAGUUCCAGUAAUCGCUGGAGCCUUCUGCUAUGACGUCGUUUUGGAUAAGAGACUUGAUGAGUGGAUGCCAACAAAAGAGAACCUGCGUUCUUUCACAAAAGAUGCUCGUGCUUUAAUUUAUAAAGAUCUUCCAUUUGAAACCCUGGAAGUUGAAGCAAAAGUGGCAUUAGAAAUAUUUCAGCACAAUAAGUACAAAGUAGAUUUCAUAGAAGAGAAGGCAUCUCAGAACCCUGAGAGAAUAGUCAAGCUACACAGAUUUGGUGACUUCAUUGAUGUGAGCGAGGGCCCUCUUAUUCCAAGAACAAGUAUUUGUUUCCAGUAUGAAGUGUCAGCGGUUCACAAUCUGCAAGCCACCCAGUCGAGUCUUGUACAAAGAUUCCAGGGUCUCUCUCUACCUGUGCACUUAAGAGCACAUUUUACAAUAUGGAAUAAAUUAUUGGAAAGGUCUCGGAAAAUGGUAACUGAAGAUCAAACUAAGCCUACAGAGAAGAGUGCAUCUACCUAGUUACUUCCUCAAAUUUAAAUAUGUAUAGUAAAUUAAAAUAAAAGUUUUCUAUGUAAAAAAAAAAUAAUUUA